CCAGGAACCCGGAUCCAUGUUGCCCCGCUUCCCUCCCUCAGGACUGAUCCAUGCUACGUCAAGAAACACCUCCGUUUCUCACAGCUCACUUCUCCAGCACAGAGGCGCGCAGACGCGGUGUUCAGCUCGCCCGGAAUGAAACGCGCACUUCUUCUGGAAAGCAGCCACCACAAACAAGAGCUGUAUUCACAGCGCACCUGUUAUUUUUAACCAAAACUUGGCCUGCAUUCUCAGACAUUUUUAAUCAAUCUUGGAGAAGUUUGUUUCUCCUAACAGACCGAACAGACUCUCCAUACCUGUGCUGGAUGUUGGAUGCCCUGUCCAUAGAUUUUACCCCAUCCGACUGGCCGAGUUUAUUCCCUGGAAUGAUGCAUGUUUCACGGAUUACUCGUUUGGCUUUGCGCAGUUCUUUGAAAACUUUUCUUCUGGCGUUGUCCGUCUUGACCACUGUGAGAGGCGCAGCAGCCAACGUGAACCUGUCAGAAUCUGGAGAGAUCGAGCCAUUGGCCGAAGCCCAGAGUGGAGGCUUGCCAACAGUUGGAGGGUACUACCUGGAAUUUCUGGAGCCCCCAAACAACAUGACUAUCAUGCAGGGUCAGACGGCUACGCUGCAUUGCAAAGUGGCAGGUAACCCAUGGCCCACCAUCAAAUGGUUAAAGAACGACGCACCAGUGGUGCAGGAGCAGGGCCGCAUCUCAAUCCGCAAAACAGAGUCUGGCUCAAAACUCCGCAUCCAGGAUCUGGACACUACUGACACUGGAUAUUAUCAAUGUGUAGCCUCCAACGCCCUGAAGGUCAUCUCAGCCACCGGUGUUCUCUAUGUGCGCCUAGGCCAGUCUCCAACCCGUGGUCCAGAUGAUGCGACCCAUGAGAAAGGCUUCUGUCAGCCGUACCGAGGCAUUGCAUGUGCACGAUUUAUCGGGAACAGGAGCAUCUAUGUAGAAUCUCUGCAGAUGCAAGGAGAAAGUGAGAACCGCAUCACGGCUGCAUUUACCAUGAUUGGCACCUCCACCCAGCUGUCAGAUCAGUGUUCGCAGUUUGCCAUCCCCUCAUUUUGCCACUACGUCUUCCCUCUGUGCGAGGAAGGCACGAGGGGCCCUCGGCAGCGUCAGCUCUGCAGGGACGAGUGCGAGGCACUUGAGAACGACCUAUGCCGUGACGAAUACUCCAUUGCCCGCUCCAACCCACUCAUCCUCAUGCAGCUGGAGCUGCCCAACUGCCAGCUACUCCCUCACCCAGGCUCACCAGAUGCUGCCAGCUGUAUGCGCAUCGGCGUGCCCACCAACCGUCUGGAGACAUAUUCUCCCCCAGAUCACAGCUGUUACAAUGACAGUGGUGCCAAUUACAGAGGCACUGUCAGUAUAACAAAGUCUGGCCACCAGUGUCAGCCCUGGACUACUCAGUACCCCCACAGCCAUCAUCUGACACCUAAAGAGUACCCAGAACUCAGAGGGGGGCACAACUUCUGCAGGAACCCAGGAGGGCAAAUGGAAGCUCCAUGGUGUUUCACUCUUGAUCCCCGUGUGAGGGUCGAUCUCUGUGAUGUCCGCCCAUGCAAGCCUCCUGAAAACAUGAAGAAGGAGAUAUUGUACAUCCUUAUCCCCAGUAUCGCUAUCCCAUUGGUCAUUGCCUGCUUGUUCUUCCUGGUGUGCAUGUGCCGUAACAAGCAGAAGGAGUCAGUCGACACUCCCCCUCGUCGGCAACUUACUGCCUCUCCCAGUCAGGACAUGGAGAUGCCACUCCUCAACCAGCACAAGCAUCAGGCAAAACUCAGAGAAAUCAACCUAUCAGCUGUACGGUUCAUGGAGGAGCUUGGAGAGGACCGCUUUGGGAAGGUCUACAAAGGUCACCUCUAUGGCACAGCACCAGGAGAGCAGACCCAGGUGGUGGCCAUCAAGACCGUCAAAGACAAGGAUGAGGGAACACUGCAAGAAGAGUUCCGUCAUGAGGCUACGCUUCGUUCUCGACUCCAGCACCCAAACAUUGUGUGCCUCCUGGGUGUAGUGACCAAAGAGCAGCCCAUGAGCAUGAUUUUCAGCUACUCAGGCCAUGGUGACCUCCAUGAGUUCCUGGUUAUGCGCUCACCCCACUCCGACGUAGGCAGCUCUGAUGAUGACAAAACAGUCAAGUCAGCUCUUGAGCAAGCUGACUUCCUGCACAUUGUCACUCAAGUGGCAGCUGGGAUGGAGUACCUGUCCAGUCAUCAUGUCGUCCACAAAGAUCUGGCUGCUCGAAACAUUCUGGUCUGUGACAAACUCAACGUAAAGAUUCUUGACCUUGGGCUGUUCCGUGAGGUCUACUCUGCUGACUACUACAAGCUGAUGGGCAACAGUCCCUUCCCUAUCCGCUGGAUGUCCCCAGAGGCCAUAAUGUAUGGCAAGUUCUCCACUGACUCUGACAUCUGGUCCUAUGGUGUGGUGUUGUGGGAGAUCUUCAGCUAUGGCCUGCAGCCCUACUGUGGCUAUUCCAACCAAGAUGUGAUCGAGAUGGUACGUAACAGACAAGUCCUGUCCUGCCCUGAUGACUGCCCUUCCUGGAUCUACACUCUCAUGCUGGAGUGCUGGAAUGAAUUCCCAGCACGCCGGCCACGCUUCAAGGACAUCCAUGCACGCUUGCGCACAUGGGAAAGCUUGUCCAACUACAAUAGUUCAGCACAAACCUCUGGGGCGAGCAACACCACCCAGACCAGCUCUCUGAGCACAAGCCCUGUCAGCAAUAUCAGUGCUGCUCGCUAUGUCACCCCCAAGAAGACGUCCCCUUUCCCACAGCCCCAGUUUAUGCCUAUGAAGGGCCAGAUGAGGCCUAUGGUACCGCCCCAGCUUUACAUCCCCGUCAACGGUUACCAGCCUGUGCCUGCCUAUCCGUACCUCCAGAACUUCUACCCCAUGCAGAUCCCUAUGCAGAUGCCCUCACAGCAGAUGCACCCACAGAUGGUACCUAAAGCAGGCUCACACCACAGCGGCAGUGGCUCCACCAGCACAGGUUACGUCACCACAGCACCGUCUAAUGCAUCUGGCACAGAGAAGACCGGCCUGCUGAGUGAGGAUGCUAAGGCGGCUGAGGACAACAUGGCUGAUGGAGCUUCCCAGAAUGGCCUGCAUAAUGAUGACACAUCUGUCCCCGAAACAGAGCUUCUAGGGGACAAUGACAGCCCACAGCUUGAUGACAAUGAGAUGCAUUCAGAGGCAUAGAGAGCCUUUUGGGACCCAAUGACAGCGAGAGCUGUCCUCUGAAGUGUGACUUUGUAGCUUCUGCCAGCUUAACCACACAGUGAAGGGAAAUCAUUGAUUGAGACAAAAACUGAAUGUUAUUUAUGGGUUAUUUGGCAGUCACUAAAACAACUUUUCUACUUUUGGAGGCUAUACCUUUAGGUCUGGUGACGGCUGUACCCUUAUGCUGCUUUUCAGCUGCAAUGAAGAAUCUAUCUUCUCACCUUUUGACAGUAGGUGGGUUGUUGUGACACACUGACAGUGUUCUUUUUUUUUUUUUAAAACAAAUUUGUUGCAAAGCCAUUCAGAAGAAUUUGAGUUCUUACUGUUGCUGUGCAACAUGGACCAUUUUAUCUUUUUUAUGUGGAUUUCUGUAGUUGCCAUCAAUUCAUUUGAUUAGCAUUCUGUUUUUUUCCCCACUUUAAAACAAUUAUGUAGGAAUGGUUAGGCAAUCUGAGUGCCUUAUGUUUCUCAGUCUCAGAAAUAAUGAGAACGAGACUUACCGUGUUUACUACAUGUUUUACUACAUUGAAUCUUACAUCGAUUAUGUCCCACUGAAACUGAAUGUGGCCACAGGGUUAAUAUAAUGAAGCACCUAUUUUAACUGACAGACUCAAAACUAUGCAACAUUCAGUGCUAAACUGCCUUACAUAUUAUCAAGACAUUUUGAAAAAGCAAGUUGGCCCCAAAACAUUUGUGUGCUUUUUUUUAAUUACUUGUUUUUAAGGUUGAAACUCUGUUGUAAAGAUUUGUAAUUUAUAGCAUUGAUUCUCUUAAAGAAAUUGAUUUUAAUUUUUCCUUGUCUCUCUUUCAGAUAAUUUUCUUUAGCCAGUGAUAUUACUUAAAUUUAGUUUAAAACCAGAUAUUUGCUUUUUUACCAAACUGUUGUAACAGAACUUAACCGUAUAUUGUGUAUGUGCAGGAAGAGGGAAUGUCAAAUAAAGUGAUAGGUGAAAUAUUG